AUGGCCAGCCGGCUCAUCCUCAGCACCAUCCGCCUGCGCCCUCGCCGAGUCCUCUGUGAGAAGUGCCAGCGCACCCUGAGCCCCCAGCAGGCCCCGCCUGGCCAGCCGGCCACUCCCUCGGCACCGGAUAGGACGCUGGGCAGUGACCCCGACCAUAAGCCACGGAAACCCGCUGCUCCAGCCAGGAGGAGCAAGCGGGAGGAGCGGAAGCCUGGGGAGCCUGUCCCUCGCAGCCCAGUCAUCACCAUCUCCUACAGCACGCCCCAGGGCACUGGAGAGGUGGUCAAGAUCCCCUCCCGAGUGCAUGGCUCCCUGGAGCCCUUCUGCCCCGGGCAGGGUCUGCUGGGGGGCAGCCAGGACCUGGAGGCCCAGGAUGCUGAGCCCAGGCCACCUGGGAGCCCCGUUGCUACCAUCCCCAAGCUGAAGCUGACGCGACCAGCGACAGCCCCCAGCUUGGACGCACCCCCUCCAAAGAUCCGCCUGAAGCCAGGCCGCCUGGCCUCGGGAGAGCAGGAGCCCGUAUACAGGGCAGAGCUGGUGGGGGCUUUGAACGGCCACCCAGCCAGCCCCCCCCAUCUCUUGGCCAAUGGCUCCUCCCACCACGGCCUAGGGGACACAUCUUCCGGGAGUUCCGGUGAGGAGGACACCUUCCAGCCGUUUCCCCACAGAGAAUGCAGGCAGGGUGGCCUGGCUCUUCUGGUCAGCUACCCGCCGAGGAAGGCCGAUUCGGCCAGCGAGUCCGGCUGCAGCAGCGACAGCCUAGAGGAGUCCAAGCCGUCCAGCUCGGAGGCACCAUCGGCAGGCCCCAGGGAGCUCACGCCCCUGCCUUCCUCCUCGGAAAGCCCACGGCCCACGGUUCCGCCGCUGACGGUGAGGCUGCACACACAGAGCGUCACCCAGUGUGUGACAGAGGACGGCAGGACCGUGGCUGUGGGGGACAUCGUGUGGGGGAAGAUCCAUGGCUUCCCCUGGUGGCCAGCCCGCAUCCUCGACAUCAGCCUGAGCCACAGGCACGGGCAGCCUGCUUGGCGAGAAGCCAAAGUCUCGUGGUUCGCUUCUCCGACCACGUCCUUCUUGUCCCUGUCCAAACUGGCCCCUUUCUCCGAGUUCUUCAAACUGAGGUUCAACCGGAAGAAGAAGGGGGUGUACCGGAAAGCUAUCACCGAGGCUGUACAUGCUGCGCGGCUCGUGGCCCCCGAGAUCAGGGAACUCCUCACCCAUUCUGACACGUGA